UUUGCUUCCUGUAAUUAGAAACACAGCCUGUUUGCUUUUCACGCCUUUCGGUUUUCGUCGGCUUCUGCAAAUGACUUCUUGUUUGUCGCCGUCUCUUUGGUGAAAUUAAGAGCAGAUCUGGCAGAAAAAUUCAAUCUUUCUGUUGGAUUUUGUCUCUCUCUCUCUCGCUUGAAUUCCACCUAAAACCGGUUUCCGUUGAAUCAGGAACCACGGAAAGUCUUGAAUUUCAGCUCAAAUUUUUGAGUUCGUUAGUUUGGGAGAAUUGGCAUUUGCUGUGACUUUUGCCUGGAUUGCUGAAGUAGUUCUUCUGGACAUGGCUACAAGAAAGACAUCAGUUACAGCACAGAAGGAUUCCUGUGGGUUUACAUCUGUUUUGGCUUCUGCCCUUUUCGAAUGGGUAUUGAUAUUCCUGUUGUUCCUUGAAGCUUUCUUCUCAUACCUGGUGACGAGAUUUGCUCGUUUCUGUGAAUUGCAAACCCCAUGCCUGUUAUGCUCAAGGCUUGAUCAUAUCCUCGGCGGUGAAAAACGAGGCUUCUAUUGGGAUCUAAUCUGCCAAUCCCAUAAGUUGGAGAUCUCGUCAUUGGUUUAUUGUUGUAGUCAUGGAAAACUCACUGAUGGUCACGGGAUGUGUGGAGAUUGCUUCUCUUCAUUUCCCACCAAUAAGAUAACGAACUAUGAAAAAGACAGGUUGUCAGUGGCCAAAUUGGGGUCGUUUCUUGAAUACUGUGUUGAUGACAAACACAACAUUCGUCUGAAAUUACCCGCAACAGUUGACGGAGAAGAGUUGGUAAGUAACCCGUCACUCAAGGAUCUGACCUCCAGAUCAUCGGAUCCAAGGCACUGUUCAUGCUGUGAUGAGACGUUGAGUAACAGGGAUGCUCCUAGAUCUUCACAGACCAAAUCAACUGGUGUUGGGACUGCUGAACUUGAUGUUGCAGGAUCAUGUUUGAUGGGGCGUAGUCAUUUACACCAUCGAGAUGGCUUGAAGAAGAGAAGGGAAAAAUCAUAUGUAUCAGCAACGACAUCUUACCUUGGGAACCCUGGAUUCGAUCCAUUGUCACAUGUUGGAUACACCGAGCUCAAGAUUACAUCUGACACUGAGUCAGAAGUAAUGAUCUCGGAUGACGAUGAUGGAAUUUCUCUGGUUCGUGAAGCCAGCACUAUCAAUUUAGAAUUUGUAGCUCAAUGUGUAGAACCAGAGUCUAGCACCAUUCUUCCGGAAACAUUGCCUGAAACUAUAUCUUCCAAUUUGGGUGUAGAGAAGCUGGUCCAUCAAACUCCUAAGUUGGAGCCUUCACUUUCAGUUCCACUCGAGCAAUUUCAUGCAGGCGAGCCUCAUGGCGUUUCAUCUGUAACAUCUGCUGUUGUUGUUGGGCAUGGAUUGGAGGAGCUUAACUGGCAUCAAGCUGAAGAAAGGGGCAACCAACCCACGACAGCAUCUGAACUUGUGGACUUCUCAUCUGCAGUAUCCGAACUGGGCAACCACCAGACUACAGCAUCUGAACUUGUGGACUUCUCGUCUGCAAUAUCUGAAUUCAUCUCUCCUCGUGGACUUCCCCAGUCAGCCAAUGCCGAGAAAGCUCUAGUUGUAAUAUCUGAAGAGAAAUUAAAUGCUACAGUAAUUGGUGACACGGCACAGGUGUCUGUCAUGGGGAGUGGGGAGGUUGUCAAGUACGAAAGGUCUACUUCAACAAAAUCAGAUUUUAAAACGGACAUGGCAUCAAAUGAGCCUGGUCCAUCAAUACCCAGUUGUAUGGAUUUAAACGAUGCGUACAAGCUGGCCAUUGGUAACAAAGGAAGCCAUCCACUAUUCAUGGGAAAAGAUUCUCCCAGAGGGCAUGAAGAUUUGAAGCUAUUGCUUUCACAAAUAUCAGCUGCCCGUGGGUUCGAGCUUUCAUGGAAUGAUAUGAUUCCUAGUCCAAGAUUGCUGGGACAUGGCGAAGAUGUAAAGACAUCUGAAGCUUCUAGCUCUAUCGGAAUGCAGUCACUUCAAAAAAGGCCUUCAAUGGAGAGAAAUGAAUCCGGGUUUGAUUCCUUGGAUGGUAGCCUUGUCAGUGAAGCUGAAGGAGAGAGUGCAAUUGAUCAGCUGAAACGGCGAAUUGAGUUGGACCGGAAAUCCAUGCGUGCUUUAUAUAAGGAGUUGGAGGAAGAAAGAAGUGCUGCUGCAAUUGCUGCAAAUCAAGCAAUGGCCAUGAUUAACAGGUUGCAGGAGGAGAAAGCGGCGAUGCAGAUGGAGGCGUUGCACUACCAAAGAAUGAUGGAGGAGCAAGCAGAAUAUGACCAAGAAGCACUGCAGAAAUCAAACGACCUCCUUUCUGAAAAGGAAAAGGAAAUUCAGGAUCUGGAAGCAGAACUUGAAAAUUACAGGAAAGGAUUGCUAGAUGAAUUGAUGGGGGAGAAAAUAUGGGGGCCAAGGAACAGUUUGAACGGAGAGGCAGGAGCUGAUUCUCAUAGUUCAUGUUCCGAUGUCAAUUGCCAUGAGAAUAACACCGACCUUCAUUCUAACCCUGGAAAAACCGACAUGGUGCAUGGGCGCUACAAUGGGAAUAAGGUGGCCGUUUUGAAGGAUUCUUUCUUCGAUUUUGAAGACGAGAAGUUGUAUAUUUUGAAAUGUUUGAAGAGACUGCAGAAGAAGCUUCAUGCAAUUUCUGAUAACUGGGUCCAUGUUGAUGUAUCUGGAGUUGAUGGAAGUAGAGAAGGCUUCCCUGAUAAAAAAUUUGAGGAUAUCACGCAACAUGGGUUUAAUGAAGAACAUUUAUUUGUGGGUGAUGCUGUUGAAAAUGGUGGGUGUUGUCGAGAGGAAGGGCUUCAAGGAAAUGAUACAGAAUCACUUGAUCCGGAUGAGGUGACCCAAGGAAAUAAUCAGAUAGAUCAUGAUGGGCUGCAGUCCAACAUGUCCUAUGCUAAGACUGAUUUGGUUGCUAUAGUAAAUGAAGUUUCACAUUUGAAUGAGAGGUUGAGGAUCCUUGAAGCAGAUCGGAAUUUUCUUGUGCAUAGUAUCAAUUCACUUCGUAAUGGAAAUGAAGGAGUACAAUUCAUUCAAGAGAUAGCUGGUCACCUACAGGAACUAAGGAGGAUAGGGAUGAUGAGAAGAGAGCAAGCUGUUGCUUGACAAUUCCCACUGUGUCAUCUUGAAGGCAACAGUCACCAAAAUGGAAAUAAAUCAACAUUCCCGAUGAUGAACUGUCAAGUCAAUUAUCGUGAUGUGGGUGAAACCGGAAUCGUCCUGUCCCGUCUCGUCCCAAGAAAUCACAAGCAAAUUUCAAGGUCUGUCGGAGAGGC